AUGGUUCACGAUAAGACGCGUCUGAGCGGCCUCGUCAUGCCUCCCCAGCACAUUGGACGGAUCUUUUCCCAAUGGCAGAAGAAAGCAGAGGAUAUUCCAUGGGCAAUGGCACUUGGAGUAACACCGGCAGCAAUCCUAGCAUCUGGUAUCGCGGUCCCUGAAGAAGUAUCCGAAGCUGAUUAUGUCGGUGCAAUGAGUGGUGUCCCAUUGGAGGUGGUCAAAUGCGAGACAAACGAUUUAUGCGUCCCGGCCAACUCGGAGAUUGUAAUGGAGGGAACAAUGUCUAUUUCGGAAAAGGGCCCAGAAAGACCUUUUGGAGAAAUUCACGGUUACACCUUUAUCGAACCUCCAAAAGAAAUGCCUUUGUUCACAGUCAAAGCUGUAACUUACAGGAACGACGCUAUCCUUCCAAUAUCUGUGCCCGCUGAUGAGACUCAUACUCUCGCAGGCGCGUUCGUUGGUGCUGUGAUUCGACAACGACUACAAGAGGCGGGUCUCCUAGUCAAAGAGGUUUUCACGCCUUAUGAGACCCAGACACCAUGGGCAGUGGUGCAGAUCGACGGCAAACAACUUCGUGCCAUGAAGACCAACCCGAAGGAACUUUGCAAUCGCAUCGGAGAUACCAUUUUCUCCGACAAGGCCGGCAUGUUUGAGCAUCACAUCCUGGUCGUGUCGGACGACAUCGACAUCUACAACUUCAAAGACGUCAUGUGGGCCUACGCAACCAGAUUCCGGCCAGGGGUGGAUGAUUUCUACUUCCACAAUACCCUCGGCUUCCCCUUGGUGCCCUAUCAGUCUCAGGGCGAAGGACCAGCGGAAGUUGCUACCAAGAUAGUGUCCAACUGUCUCUUGCCGGUCGAAUACACGAGUGGGCCGAAUUGGGAGGUCGGUGACUUUGAGCAUGGCUUUCCCGAGCAUAUCAAACAGAAGGUGCUUGCGAAUUGGUCCAAGCUAGGUUUCUAA